UCUACGUUUAUCGCGACGCGGAGGGAUCGGAUGCAGCUCUCGCUUUACAAGAAGCGAGAAUCGCCUUGUAUUUCACGUGUUACCGUACCGCCAGUGUUUGCAUUUGAAAAUGUGCCGAUCCUAACGAAACGAAGUGCUCGCAUAGCGUCACUCAUCCGCGCGAACAGUUCGAGAAGCGGAAUGUCGCGAGAAAUGUUAUCGUAUGUUUCAAUUCUUUUUUGCACAGUGUUAAUUCUCAACAUGGAAUGCACGAGUGGCAUUCCAGAUCGCUGUUUGGACCUGGCCAAGUUUGAUGUCAACGAGCUCGAGAAUCAUUUGUCCAAAUUAAAUCUCACGGACGUGCCUACCGUAAAAAUGAUGACCGCCGGAUUUAAGUGUCCGAUUUCCGCUCUGCCCUUCGGUACGCUGAAGUCGGACUGGGCCAGACUGUUGUUGCUUCGAGAAGCUCAACCUAAUGGGUCAAUCAUCAAGCUUAAACUCGUUCGGUUGAUGCGAAUAUUGAUAAUUGCUUAUUAUCAAAUGGAGGAACGUAUUGACGUGACGGAUUCUGAGGCGAAGAUCGCAAAGAAAUCUAUGAUAGAGGACACGAUGACGACCGUGGCUGAGGAUAAGACGAGCCAAUCGCAUUGCCCGAAUAAUAAUUCUUCGACAGCCGAAAUUUCGAGUAACAAUGUGAUCGAUCAUUGUCCGUGCACGUUUUUGGAUGCAACGCGAUUGCCCACCGAAAAAGACUCGAGGAUGAAGUCGAACGUGACGACGGUAAUCGAAAUCGCGACGAUGAAGAACUUGUCAAGUCCCAACGGAACAAUCACAUUCGUUCCAUCCGAUGCGACACGUCAAAACGUUACGUCGUCGAGCGAUCUUGACAUCACGACGAUCACGUAUCAUCGGGACGACGCGAAAAAAGCGGCAAUGAGAAUACUCGGUAACUGCUUGAAACAAUCUUUGAAGAAUGUCACGCGACGGCAACCGAGAAAUAAAAUAUUCGAGAUCGUGAAAAAUAAGGCGAAAUCUAUCGAGGAUAACGAGAUCGGCGAUCGCAAGAGAGAUCGCACCGUUAUUAGGAUAUCGCCGCCGAUAAACGAAUUCUGGCGAUACGUGACGUUUCCCACGAAGUCGCCGUUAACUAUCGCCAGCGUAGCCCCGGCAUAUCGAAUGCGGGGAUUAAGUGGAUUCAGAACAGGCCUGAAGAAGUCGCGAAAACGCGUGAAAUUGAAUAAUGAUAUUUACGAAAGCUUCAGACAGUUUUAUGGCGCCAAUAAGAACGCAUAA